AGGCCCUCGAACAAAACUACUUUCUGAAACGGAAGUGGAACUGAAUCAUGGGAACAACAUGGCGGAAUGUUUGAAUCUCUGAUGUUGUUCCAAAACAACGUGUCUACAUUUCGCUAUUACACGAUGUAGCUAAAGACAUUCUGGUACCUACACAUCUUUAUAUCAAGUUCCAUUAUAAAUGCCAGUUACUAUACCUGCGAACAAUAUGACAGAAUGGCGAACAUGUGAUACGCCCGCGUCGGGAAUGACAGCUGGUUCAGACGAGAGCAAGCAAGGUGGAGGGAAACCGAAAACAAACAGACUGAGAAGAAGCCUCAAACAAACGCAGGCAAAUCCAUCUCUCAUUGUUUCUCCAAAAACCUGUCAAGAUUUCAAGAAGCCAACUCGUGUGACAAGAUCAAGAUACAACAAUGUAUUCAACAAAGGAGAGUCGCCAAUGAAUGAAUCAGAACUUCAACAGGAUAUCGUUUGGGAUGCAACUUCCCCUUCACCCCUUAGGACAGGCAAUUAUAUUUACAUGUCAAUAUAACUCUGCAUGUUGCCAGGCUAAGCAGUGAUAAUACAUUUUUAAAGUUUACCUCACCUUAUCUGUCUUAACUUUUUUUCAUGUUCCUUCUUAGUUAGCAAAAGAGGCAAGAAAUACUCUGCAAAUGUUGGAAUUGUGGACAUUUCCGAUAUUGUCAACAGAAUAGCUCCCAAGCAUGGGAGACCUGUAGUUCCAGAGUCAUCCUUGCUCCAGUGGGUUGGAGACAGUGCUAUUCCCUGCACCCCAGAGAUGCAGCAGCCCAGGGCCAAGAAGAAAUCCCCAAGGACAAAUGGAGUGGACGACCUUUUAAAGUUGGCGAAACAGUUUGAUUUCAACAUGUUUCGGCAAGACGAAGAACGAGUCAAUGAUAUGCACAAGCAGAGUUUGACGCUUUGGAGGACAGACUCGGAGGUCAUAUUGGAUUUAGAUGGCAACGAGAACCAGCCUCCUCCCUUACUGAGUAAUGGCACACCUGAAAGUACACAGUCCGCCCUUAAAACAAACAGCAUGAGAAACUCCAAAGACCAGAUACCUCCUGACCAUGAGAUGGAAGAUGAUUUGGAUUUUUUAUUUGAUGGACCUACUCAACACAUAAGUCUGAACUUAAGUCAGAAUUCAUUGCCUCAGUCCUUGGAGGUGAAGACUGUGCCCACUAUGUCCUCCAAAGUAAUUCCUGGAAAAUAUCCUUAUUCCAUACAUGGCCACACUUCGACCGUCUCCUCAUCGCAUCCUGUCAAAAGAUGCUCAGCAAAUAAUAACUUUGACGACGACUGGGAAAAUGACGAUUUGCUGGAUGACUCGCUGGUAUUUGAGAUGACCCAAAACCCAGACCCCUUUGCCGCUCCUAAUCAUUGUUCGACCCAAAAAGGGUCGAAUGAAACAAAACAUGAAAACAACAACCCCUCAGCCAUUCCCAAAAAUGCUCUUCAAGGAAGUAGAGACAUAAAACCAGCGGUGUCUAAAGGACAGAAUGAAACUGUGAAAAACAGAAAAACAUUCACGCUUGAAGCAAAUCCUAAUAAUGUACAAUCAAAAAGUAUCCUCUCAGAGGCAUUACCAAAAGUAGGGAAUGUCCCCGAAACUGUCAAACCAGCGCCACAUAGGAACGUACGGCAAAACCAACCAGGUCUCUUUCCAAUCAACAAAGCUCUGUCAAUGGAGUCCAGUUACCAACUUAGCCAGCAAACACAGCGCCUGUCUAAUGGAAUAAAGACUUGGCCGCAGGUGCCUCUUUUUCAAAGUACAUCGAUCUCAACCAGCUCAAGCCCAUCAAACUUCACCAACUCUUAUUCAAUGUGGCCCCUUCAGGUUGAGAAUAGCUCUUACCACAAGCCCACAGAGAACAGCAAUAUGAAGGGAACAGUUUUCAUCAAGGCCCCAGCUAGCCACAGCGUCAUCCCAGAGGACGACUUGGACUCUCUCUUUGCUUCUGACUCCAUCUGGGAUGACAAAGACGAUGAUCUAUUGUGCCAAGCAUGUGAUCACCUGGAAAGCCAGGUACAGAGCAUGGAGGUCCCUGUUAUCACACGCUCCCAAUUCCUGCCCAGUAAUCAGACAGAAAGACAGAAGUUUGUCCCUGUCUCUGCGCCUUUGAAUAGCAGCAGAUACAAUGUAAAUCAAACGACUGAGACCACACAAUCCAAAUAUCCCAACAAUUCAGUUUAUUUACAAUCGGCCCCCUGGAACGGUAGCACUUUCACCCACUCUCUCAAUACCAACAAAGUACCUGUUACUGUGGUCUCUGGUUCUGAAAGACCGAGUUACAUUGCCUCAGCUGGAAAUGCUGGCACUAACUCCACGUAUAGGCCACAGAACCCUGCAGCAGGAGAAGGGUCAUACGAAAGUACUCGGGUCAAAAGCACUUGUGUAGCUGGGAGCACAGCUAAUCAACAAGGCACUGGGAGUGAAGCAGCUGGGAAAUGUUCUGUGGUGGAGAUUGAACUGAAGAAACAGCAGGCCAUGGAGAGGAGACGGCAACGGAUGCAGACGGCCCACAUCCUAAGGGCUCCAACCUGAGGCUGGUACAGUGCACAUAUACAAGAAGAUUCCGAAUCAUAGAUGGACAGUGUUUGCUUACUCUAAACGUUGCCUUGUGCUAGACUGACCAUACAGAGCUCUUGAAAGUAGACUUACUAUAGAGUUGUUGUAGCCUCGUACUACCAUCCUGAUCUCGUAGCAAAACAGAAUGUAAGCUCGCUAGUCCAGGAUGGUUGUACGAGGCUAGAGCUGCCGUGCCUUUGUCUGUUUUCCAACUCAUAAUUUACAUCACUCAAUCCAUUUCUGAAUAAGAUUUUAAUCGUUUUAAUAUAAAUGUUCUUAUUUACAUUAAUCUAUUAACUGUUAACAAAGUAACUUAAAAAAAUAAAUAAACAAUAACCUAUUUUCAGGGAGUAUGUUACCAGUUGUGUUUGCAGAAUAGGUUAAGCUUGUCCUGUCACUUUUUCAUAUUCAUUAUAUCAGUUUUGUAAAUUACCAUAGCAUUACAGCAUGAGCGGUUUUCUGAUUAAAAACACGAGUCUUGUGCUGUCAGAAAAACUCAUGUUUCUAUAUUAUGUUUAUCUGUCUUUUACUACUUCUUUUUUUCAUUGUUUAUAUGUUUGUCAUUUGCACAAUAAUGAAACUGCCUCAAAAGAUGACACACGGAUAUUAAAGUUGCGAAAGGAUUCCCACCCACCCUUUCCAGACAAUACUAUAUUGUGUACAGCAGUGACAUCUAGUGCCCUUUUGUUUCUGUGUCAUGUAGGGUCACUCUUUAGCAGACCAUAAUUUAUUUUUGUGGAAUACAACAGAGCUACUGUCACGAAGCACAAAAUAACCAGUUUGAUGCAACAGUCAACACAGUACGAAGAGCUCCUUUAGGACCAGCACACACAGUAAUGAGUAGUGAUUUCAAAAGAAAUGGUCUACGUCCCAAACGGCACCCUAUUCCCUGUGUAGUGCACUACUUUUGACCAGGGCCUAUAGGGAACUAAAUAGGGAGUAGGGUGCCAUUUAGGAUGCACACAUUGUUUAAGCCUUGUUUAUACCUGGUGCUAACAUCUAUCCUUUCUCUUGAUCCUAUCCACAUUCUGAUUAUGCCCACAUAGCCGUUACGUCUACACAUGGCAGUAAAAUGUGUAUCUUUUCUGUCCAUAUUGUGACCAGAUAUCCUGGUCCCUCCCUGUAUGCACAUUUUUUGACAGAUAUUCUUUAAAAAUUAUGUUAAUUUAUUAAUUUUAAGAUAAUUGAUGCAAUAAGUCAAUGGUGCUACCUGCCAAU